AUGGUAGGAUUUUUAAAAACGGUUAUAUUUUUUACCUUCGUAAAGCUAACACUUUGCGAUACAUGUGAUCCAAAUCAUGGAACUGAGGGAGUGUAUGACUGUGUUCGAAUACCCAAAUAUAACGGUUAUCAAUGGGCCGUCUGUCUGUCGUCCCAGUCUUUGAGGAAAUACACAGGAAGACAUAUGGGUUGUAGAGGAUCCGCAUAUUGUUGGUUACCAUGUACUCAGAGUGUAUACCCUGAAAUCAGAAAAGGACAUAUAGCAAAAGAAUGUGUGUGUGAUCCAACUGAAAACGAAAGAAGAAAGAGAUCCCUGGCAUUAGAAGGGCGUGAAGCAAGGGUUAAAGUACCCCCUGAUUGUUACAUACCCGCCAUGGACAACAAUUGUCAGUGGUAUUCCAAAUGUCUGGAGGCCCACUCUUCAUGCGAAGGAAGUGAUUCUAAUUACGCUAUUUCAUACGGAAAAGCAAUUUGUUCUAUCUUUUUGGAGGAAUAUAAUUCAUUUUCAGAGGAUGGAAAGAGUUGGAUCAGAUCAUCGCAGAAAUGUAUCGAGGAUAGGUUGAGGUCAGUGUUAAUGCCAAAUAACACUGAAGAUUGCAGAAACAUUCGAGAUCGUGCUUACCGGGUACAUUCUGAUUGUUACUUCCAAAACAGAAAUGCCAAGUUCUGCAACCUUUUAGGCACAGACCAACAGAAGAUUUACUGGAGUAUAAAGCAGGUUUAUGAACAUGCAUUCCGUGAGAAAUUCGAUGAAGGUAUGGCUAAAUUUCGAUCCUGUCUUCGAAAUGAUGUUUAUGGACACCAAAGAAAGUUCAUGUUUUACGUUGAGAAGGAUUCUGAGGAAAUCAUCGACGAAAACGAAUUUGCCACAAGUUUAGUAGCACAAUUUGAUUUUUCCUCACACGGCAUUGACUGGGACGUGGACAAGAUGACUAAUUCUAGAAAGAAAAGAGAAGUUAAUAAACUUAAAGGGUAUCAGAUCGUAGGAAUAUUUGUCAGCAGAAAACAAGUAAACUUGGUUGAACGAUCCAGAAGAAGUGCAAAUGAACCUCACCUACGAAAGAGUUUGGAUACUGAAUAUGACGCAGAUUUCUUAGAAUCCCUCAAUAUCUCGAUAACAAAUGAGUUAAAAAAUAAUGCACUGACAGUUCUAAACAUAGAUAAAUCACUUCGGGCAAAAAGAGCAAUCGGUUGGGUAGCGGUAACAGCAGGUAAUGUUUUUAGUAGAUGUUUCAAUUUAUCUCCUGUCAUUUUGUGUUUUCCUUUAUGGAUUGGUUGUAUUCGUUCUCUACUGCUCAUUCAUUCGUACAGACAAGGAGUCCUACCUGACACCCCUGACGAUAUAGACCCAAGAUUUUAUUUUUAUUCCGUAAAUAAAAAUGAUAUACAACUCAGAUUCUCAGAUGUAUCGAGUUUCAGCCAUUUCGACCCUUCCAAGAAAACUUACAUAAUUGUUCAUGGAUUCCUAAAUAAUAAGGAAAAGUCUUGGAUUUCUGAUAUGCGCCGAAAUAUUUUAUCCGAGGUGGACGCAAACGUGAUAGUGGUGGAUUGGGAGAAAGGCGCGGAUCAUCUUGGACAUUACGAACAAGCUGCUGUGAAUACUGAAGUGGUUGGAACCAUUCUAGCUCUACUUGUAAGAAGUCUAGAAGACCACCAGGGCGCCAAAAAAUCACAUAUCCACAUCAUUGGACACAGCCUAGGGGCCCAUGUUGCAGGAUUCGCAGGAAGUGCCCAUAAGGAAACAAGAUAUCAAAGGAUCACAGGUAUUGAUCCUGCAGGACCAUUUUUCAACACAAAAGGAAGUGACGCGAGAUUAGAUGAAACUGAUGCCCAUUUUGUGGACGUGAUUCAUACUGACGGUGGCGGACUUGGUUAUUUAAAUGCGCUUGGUCAUUUGGAUUUUUAUCCGAACGGUGGACAAUCCCAGCCUGGAUGCUUGCUUACGUGUAGCCAUUCUCGAGCUUACGAACUCUUCACGGAAUCCAUCCUCUCGAAUCAGACGUUUAAGGCCUGGGAAUGCGAUACUCUGGAUCAAUGUAAAACAGGGAAAGGAAUAGAUACAGACACAUCAGAGGACAACAGGAUGGGAUUCUAUGUUGAUGAUACCAAGAAAUAUAAAAUGUAUUACCUGAGAACAAACAAAGCCUCGCCCUAUGACAUCGCAGCACAUGCAGUUAAAGCUACAUAAAGGAGGCGUGGCCUAAUCUAUACGGGCAAUGCUUACUGUGACAUCACGCAAAAAUAUCAUUUCUUCAUAAUAUCAUAAAAUGAAAUAAUUUGAAAGUUUAAACUGUAUAAUACUAGUA